AUGAAUUCCGACGACAGUGUGUGGGAACCUGUCUCCGAAGGGUCAAGCGCAGAGUCAAGUGCUGAAGAGGUUCAGGAUGGACUGUCGGACGAGGAGUUUCUGGAUGAGUUUGCUGAGGACAGAAGCAUCAAUUUGUGCGACGAGGACUUUCACGACAAAGUGGUCGGCUUAAUCCAGCGAGACAAGUGGCCUUAG